AAUCUUAGUCCGCAUUCGAAGCCUCUGUGUCGUCUCUUAUGAUUGUUAACGGCUCGGAAAAUCCCAACGCUGUUUUCUUAAAUUACUAAUAAAGAUUAUAGUGCACUUAAAUUAAAUUAAAGUGUAAUUUGAAACAGAGGUGAUAAACGAAAAAGAUCUCGUAAUCUAUUUUUUAUUUGUUUCAAUAAUGUCAAAGGUCGAGGCUCGACAGACAGUUGCUGAAAAUGAAAUGGGGUUUUCUUUGUGUUUGCUUUUAAAGACGAUGUUUCAUUUGGUUUAUUUAGUGGGGGAUUUGUGUGUUUUUGGUUUUGGGGGUAACAUUGUGAUGACAAUGGGGGAGGAAUAUCUUCAAUACCCAUCAUUACACGAUCUAAAAUACCUUGCACCGGUUUUUGUGACUAAUUGGAAUUUUGUGAGUAUGAAGAGUUUUCAAAUCGUGUUCCUGAGUCUUUCGCUGACCCAUGAUGUGUUGGAGUGGACGAGUCAUCACAAUAGUAACCUGGGAGUCAAGAUCAGAUACUGGAGGGAUGUCAUAUUCUGUGGAGCUGUAGUACCCUUCACAUUGUUCGUGUCGACAAUGUUUUGGAGUGUCUACGCAAUAGACAGAGAGUAUGUCUUCCCGGAAGUGUACGAUCUGGUAGUGCCGUGGUGGUUCAACCACUGCGUCCACACAAAUAUCGCAGUAGUGCUACUGAUCGAGACCCUGCUUCAGCCAAGAAGAUCACCGACAGACGUUAAAUGUGAAAACGUUAUCUUUUGGUCUAUCGGCCUCGGAUAUGCUGUCGUGUACUACACAAUCUACUUUUCAACAAACAUCUGGUUAUACCAAAUUUUCGGCAUCAUGACAUGGUGGCAAGUCUGCUUGUAUCAAUCCUUUAUCUGGCUUGCUACGUAUGUCUUCUAUAUCAUCCAGUUCCCGAUCAAUAGACUCGUACAUGGAGCAGAGAAGUCACGAGAUGAAAAGCCUCAAUUUGAAGAUGUGAAAAAGGAGAUGUCAGAAACAAAUGGAAAAGUUGAAACAAACGCAAUCCUAGAAACAAACGGAAAAUUAGAAACAAACGGAAAAGUAAUAACAGACCUAAAGACGCCACCGUUUUCAACGAAAUCUUGGAGCACCAAGUUCCGAAGUUUGCGCAGUCAGUUUGAGACUUCUCGACUGUGAUAAUUGAGUUAUUUUAUAGAAAAAUUUAUUUCCUGUAGUAGGAAAUACAAGGGCUUUUCAGAAUUCAU